AUGGACAACCCAUCCCCCUACGCACCAAACCCCACCCCCUUCGCCGGAAAGCUCAUCACCGUCACAGGCGCAAGUCGCGGCCUGGGCCUCGCACUCUGCAAAUACCUCCUCGCGCGCGGCGCCACCGUCUCCGGCUGCGCAACCUCCGCCUCCAACCUCUCCACCGCCGCCGCGGAGAUAGAACGCGAUCUCCCCGAUGCACGAGACCGAUUCUGGAGUACCGUGGUCGACAUGCGGGACCUAGACGCAGUGCGAUCCUGGAUCGAGCAGACAGUCGCCAAAUUCGGGAAACUGGAUGGGUGUGCGAAUGUAGCCGCGGUAGAGCAGCGCGAAAUCUUCCCCAUCACAGAUCUCGACCCAGCGUAUUUCGCAGACCUCCUUCACGUCAACGUAGUCGGCACAUUCCACUGCCUGAAAGAAGAGCUCAAGCACAUCAAGCCCGGCGGCUCAAUCGUAAACGUCGGCAGCGUGGCAAGCCAGUACGCAAGUCAAGGCGCGUCGGCGUAUGUAGCUGCAAAACAUGCGCUGAUCGGGUUGACGAAGGUGGCUGCUUUUGAAGCGGCGCCGCGGGGGGUGAGGGUUAAUGUUCUGUGCCCUGGAUGUUUCGACACGCAGAUGAUGCAGAAACCGUUCAAUUCCCCAUCGGGAGAGUUUUAUCUAACAAAGGAUAAUAUCCCCUGUCUACUCAGACGCGAACUUCCGCAGGCGUAUGAGAUUGCGGCGUCGGUUGCGUUUUUGCUGGGCGGGGAGAGCGCGCAUGUUACCAAGGCGGCGUGGUUUGUUGAUGGGGGGUGGCUUGAGGGUAGCUAUAGCUCGGUGUGA